CUGUCUUAUGGGCCAUCCAGGCCCACAGGAGCGGGCCUGACUCCAAGAGCAUUGGGUGCUGCUGGCACUCCUGCCUCCCACCUGAUCCCAGCUCUCAGAGCCUCAGCAGACUCUGCACCCUAGGGGCCUGCGGGACAUUCCCCAGAAAGGGUCGUCAUGGCCUGCAAGAAGGGGUGCCCCAAGUGGUCCCUUGUCACGGGUGCCAGUGUGGCUCUGGGGUUCGCCGUCGUCAUGGUCCUGUGCUUCACGCUGCCGAAGCGCACCCAGCCAGGCUGUGUGCAGGCUGCAGCCUGCCGCUCCGACGCAGACAUGAUGGACUACCUGCUGAGCGUGGGUCAGCUCAGCCAACGGGAUGGCCUGCUGGUCACCUGGUACCACGCUGCCAACAGCCAGAAGGAGAUGCAGGCAGCCCUCAGCAGUGACAUCAUGGUCCUGGAGGCAGAUGUCACAGUAGAAGGGCUCAACACAGCCAACGAGACCGGGGUCCCCAUCAUGGCACACCCCCCAGCCAUCUACAGCGACAACACCCUGCAGCAGUGGCUGGAGACCGUGCUGGCCUCUUCCCAGAAGGGCAUCAAGCUGGACUUCAAGAGCAUCAAGGCCGUGGGCCCUGCCCUGGACCUCCUGCGGCGGCUGACGGAGGAGGGGAGAGUUCGGAGGCCUGUAUGGAUCAACGCCGACAUCCUGAGAGGCCCGAACAUGCCCAUCUCAAUAGAGGUCAAUGCCACACAGUUCCUGAACUUAGUCCAGGAGAAGUAUCCUGAGACAACCCUGUCUCCAGGCUGGACCACCCUUUACCUGCCCCAGUUGCCGAAUGGGACAUACAGCCGAGCCAUGGUGGAGAAGAUGCAGGAGCUAGUGGGACCAGUGCCACAGAGGGUCACCUUCCCUGUGCGGGCUGUCAUGGUGCGGGCUGCCUGGCCCCACUUUAGCUGGCUGCUGGGCCAAUCUGAGAGGUACAGCCUGACGCUGUGGCAGAGCGCCUCAGACCCCCUGUUGGUAGACGAUCUCCUCUACGUCCGGGACAACACUGCUGCUCACCAGACCUACUACGACAUCUUUGAGCCGCUCCUGUCGCAGUUCAAGCAGCUCGCCGCGAAUACCUCACGAAAGCAAAGCUACUACACCGGGGGCAGCCUGGUCCCUCUUCUCCAGCUCCCAGGGGAGGAGGGUGUGAGCGUGGAGUGGCUGGUUCCUGAGAUCCAGGGCAAUGGAAGCACAGCAACAGUGCACCUCCCAGACAGAGAAGGCAUGAUCCUGCUGAAUGUUGGCCUUCAGGAACCUGCAGCUGGGGACCCUGUGGCCGUCGUACGUGCCCCAGACGGCCGUGCCCUGACGCUGGAGUCCUGCUUGAGGCAGCUGGCCAUGCGCCCUGGAUCCUGGGGCGUCCACUUGCACAUGGCAGUGCCCACAGCCCUCCGGCCAUCCCUGGCCACACUGGCCAACCUCUCCGCCCUUGGCCACCUGCUUAGGCCUGUGUGGGUUGGGGCCACAAUCUCUCACGGGAGUUUUGUGGCCCCUGGCUACGUGACCGGCAGGGAACUGCUUGCAGCUGUGGCUGAGGUUUUCCCCCACGUGACUGUGGCACCAGGCUGGCCUGAGGAAGUGCUGGGCAGUGGCUACAGGGAACAGCUGGUCACAGACAUGUUGGAGCUGUGCCAGGGCCUCUGGCAACCUGUGUCCUUCCAGCUGCAGGCUGGGCCGCUGGGCCAGAGCACAGCUGGGGUCGUGGCCAGGCUGCUGGCAGCGUCCCCCCGGGCCACUGUCACAGUGGAACACAGACCUGGCCGGGGCCACUAUGCAUCUGUGCGGGCAGCGCUCCUGGCAGCCAGGGCUGCGGACAAGACCCGAGUCUACUACAGGCUACCCCAGAGUGACCGUGCAGACUUGCUGGCCGAUGUGGGCAGAAACUGA